UCAAAAAUUUUCCCUCAGAUUUUCCCGGGAAAAUUAAAUAUGGACGGAAAUCUAGAGAUCUCCUUCGCUAAACUUCCCGUUAAUCGCCUCGACGCCAUCGAAGACCCUCCAGAUUCGAGCUACGAUGAGAAGCGGGCGUCGCUUAUACGGAGAAUAGACUUAUCGUGGGCAGUGAAGGACGACGAAGAAAGGGGGAGGAAGAAGAAGAAGAAGAACUCCAAAGUUGCCUCCUACACGUGGCAGUGGCAGAGCAUGGUUGAGAAUUUCCAGGAGCUCUGCGUCAUCAUCGACCUUAUCAACGCUGUAAGUUCCCCAGCUUUUGAUUGUAUACUUUGGCUUCUUUUCAUUGCUGCGUUUGCAACUGAACUUCUUUCUUUUAGUUCUCCAAAGUAAAAUUGCAUCUGAUUAAAAAUUCUAGUAAAUAU